AUGAACUCCACAUGGGUUCCUCCUUCCAGUCUAACAAAUAUUGCACUUCGGUCAUGCCUUCUCGGGCCUAAAUUUCCAUUGUGGCUAAGAUGGCUAACACAUCUAGACAAUCUUGAUAUCUCAAACACGAGCAUAUCUGACACGGUGCCGGAUUGGUUUUGGACGAUGGCUUCCACAGUGAAAACUCUAAACAUGCGACAUAACAAUAUUAGCGGUUAUUUACCAUCAACAAUGGAAUUUAUGAGAGCAACUGCAAUUGAUCUCAGUUCUAACCAGUUCAAUGGUCCAAUACCUAAGCUUCCCAUUAAUCUGACGGAUUUGUAUCUUAGUGGAAAUAAUUUAGUUGGGCCAUUACCAUUAGACUUCGGAGCACCGAGGCUUGUAACACUCAUUCUAUUUGACAACUCCAUCUCUGGCUCCAUUCCCUCUUCGUUGUGCAAACUGAGAUCACUACUUCUGUUGGACAUGUCCAAAAAUAAGCUAACCGGAACAAUGCCUGAUUAUUCUACAUCCAAAAAUAACAUGAAUAGUCUUAAUAUUCUUAAUCUAAGCCUCAGAAACAACAACCUCUCGGGUGGAUUCCCCUCAUUUCUCCAAUACUGCCAAAAACUCAUUUUUCUUGAUCUUUCACACAACCAUUUCUUUGGGACUUUGCCAACAUGGAUUCAGGAGAAAUUGCCAUAUUUGGCUUUCUUACGGCUGCGAUCAAAUAUGUUUUAUGGUCACAUUCCAAAGGAGCUUACAAAGCUAGUUAAUCUUCAGCAUUUGGAUCUUGCCUACAAUAACUUAACAGGGAGCAUAGCAAAAUCUAUUGUUGACAGCAAAGGGAUGAUAGCAACAAGAGAUGAUUAUAAUUAUGCAGUUUAUAGUGCUCUCGGUUAUGGAUGGUCAAUUGGCCUGAAUGAUUUCACCUAUACCGACAAUGUCAUGGUAGUCACAAAGGGUCAAGAGAGAUUAUAUACAGGAGAGAUCAUGUAUAUGGUGAAUCUUGAUUUAUCCUGUAAUAAUCUUAGUGGUGAUGUUCCAGAAGAAAUCAGCACUCUUGUCAAAUUGAAGAACCUGAAUUUAUCAUGGAACACAUUCAGUGGAAAAAUUUCAGAGAAUAUUGGUGCCUUGGUGCAAGUGGAGUCACUCGACCUAUCUCACAAUGAGUUGUCUGGUGAAAUCCCUCCAAGCUUAUCAGCUCUUACGUCAUUAAGUCGGUUGAACCUGUCCUAUAACAACCUGACGGGAGAGGUACCAUCUGGGGAUCAACUUCAAACACUCGAGGAUACAGAAUAUAUUUACAUUGGUAACUCAGGCCUUUGUGGACCUCCUCUCUCACAGAAUUGUUCAGAACCCAAGACAAUUACAGCUACUCGAGAACACCAUGAAGACGUAACCGAUGUGGUUUCAUUUUUCAUUGCUAUGGGUUGUGGAUAUAUGUAA